CAGCAUCAGCAACUCUCUCUCACACGCGCGCGCACACACAAGAGCACGCGCGCGCACAUGCACGCACGACCAGAAAUUAACAACUUCCGUUCCAAAACUACAGAAAAUUUUCGACUGCUUCCUCUGCUUCUGCAACUCUUUCUGUGUUCCUUGUUGCUCCCAUGGCUAGGAAGGAGAAGACACAGCUUCUUCUUCUUUUAGUCUUUCUCAUUCUCUCCCUUCUUCCCUUCUCUUAUUCUGAGUUGAAUUCCCCUCAAAAUAUCGAAACUUUCUUCCCACUUCAGACAUUUCCUGUAAAAAAUCCUAACCUGCCACUCCCAAACUCACAGACAUCGUCUUCAAGUUCUUCUGAUCACACCAUUGCUAAGGCCGUCGGAAUUACUGCUGCCUGUACUCUCUUACUCGCUGGAAUUUUCUUCUUUUUCCUCCAAAAGUACACAGGUGUUUGUAAUCGCCCCCUGCCUGAGAAGAAGACCAGUAUUAGUAGUGUUGCCCCUCAGGAACAGGGUGUGGUGCCUUGCAAUGAGUUUAAGAGAUUUGAUGGAAAUCUUAAGGGGUUGAUUGUUGAUGAGAAUGGAUUGGAUGUCCUAUAUUUGAGGAAGCUUGAGAAAGGGCACUCAAAUAAUGGUUUCUCCAAGGAAAAUGGGGAAGAAGAAGAAGAAGAACCAGAAGACGAGACGGGUUAUCUGGGAGAUCGACGCAGGAACUCUGGUCCAAUUCAAGAGGUCCCUUUACUUGGUGUAAGAUUUGUCGAUUCUUCAAGUGAAAAUUUUCCCCAAGGAGAAGAUCCAAAUGAUGUAAACGUAACAGCUUCUCUUCCAUCUCAUGGGAUUGCUCUGGAGGUUGUGGCAAAAGCCGAGAAACCACCGGCAGCACCACCGCAGCCGCCUCUGCCUCCUCCAAUCCCGGCAAAGUCAAAUCCGCCACCUCGUCCACCGCCAAUUCCGGCGAAAAAAGGACCUCCAGCACCACCUCCACCCCUUAAAAAAGGACCUCCCGCACCGCCUCCACCCCUUAAUGCACGACUUUCAACUUCGUCAAAACCACCUCCUGCACCUAAUCAUAGCAGGAAGGAAGCAGAGUCUCCAUCAAGAGAGAAUGGGUCUGGCCAGACCAAGCUGAAGCCUUUGCACUGGGACAAGGUUACCACUAAUGUGGAUCAUUCCAUGGUGUGGCACAAGAUAAACAAUGGUUCAUUCAGGUUCGAUGGUGAUCUCAUGGAAGCGAUGUUUGGUUAUGUUGCCACCAAUCGGAAACCCCCUGGAAGAACCGGAGAUUCAUCUCAUUUGGGCACCACUACUUCCGACUCCUCUGCUCAGAUCUUCAUCUUAGAUCCCCGUAAAUCCCAAAAUAUAGCGAUUGUCCUAAGGACUCUUGCUAUAUCUCGCCAAGAGAUCCUCGGUGCCCUCCUCGAGGGCCGUGGUCUUUAUGCUGAUACCCUUGAAAAACUUGCAAGAAUCGCUCCGACCAAAGAAGAAGAAGCCCAGAUUGUUCAAUUCAGUGGCGACCCAACAAAACUUGCAGACGUUGAAUCUUUCCUCUUCCACAUCUUGAAAUCCGUUCCCUCUGCUUUCGACCGUCUAGAUUCCUUACUCUUCAGAUCAAACUACGACCACGAAAUCCUUCAAGUGAAGCAGUCUAUACAGACCCUUGAAUCGGCUUGCAAGGAGCUCAGAACUCGUGGGCUCUUUGUGAAACUCUUAGAAGCGAUCCUCAAGGCAGGGAACCGUAUGAACGCAGGAACUACCAGAGGAAAUGCACAAGCGUUCAACCUCACGGCAUUGCGGAAACUCUCCGAUGUUAAGAGCACCGAUGGAUCGACUACACUUCUCCACUUUGUGGUGGAAGAGGUGGUCCGAUACGAAGGGAAACGUUGUCUGAUCAACCGCAAUUACAGCCUCGGUCGAAGUAAUAGCCGUAAGAGCAACAGCAGUGUUUCACAAAGUGCCGGAGCUAAUGAGGACAAAGAGGAGUAUGUAAGGUUGGGGUUACCGGUGGUCGGAGGACUAAGUGUGGAGUUCUCAAAUGUCAAAAAAUCAGCGAAAAUCGGUUACGAUGCCUUGGUCAAGGUGUGCCCUGUUCUCAAAGCUCGGGUGGAUGAGAUUCGGCAAUUCUUGGGGGGCUUCAACAUGCGUGAGGGAGGAGGGUUUGUGAGAGACAUGAAAGAAUUCUUAAAGGCUGCAGAAGAGGAGCUUAAGGUAGUGGAAGAGGAGCAAACAAGGGUUAUGGAGCUUGUGAAGAAGACAACACAGUAUUACCAAUCAGGAGCUUCCAAGGCUAAAGAUGCUCCUCCACUCCAGCUAUUUGAGAUAGUUAAAGACUUCUUGGAUAUGGUGGAUCAAGCAUGCGUCGACAUCGCUCGGAAUCAGCAGAAGAAGGAAGCAAGUUCAGGAUCAUCUUCUCCGGCAUCACCGGCGAAAAGGGUUCCUGUGAAAUUCCCACUCUUGCCGGAGCAUUUCUUGUCAGGCAAAUCAAGUCCGAGGGGCUCGGCCUCCUCUUCUAGUGAUUCAGAUGGUGGUGGUUCCUGAAUCCUAAGAGAAGCCUUGGAUUGAAGGGAUUUGAUCAGUGUUUUUUUUUUUUUUUUUGUACAGUGUAGAGAUAUAUGAGAAGUGUAACCGGGAGGAAUCAAGGUUCCCCUGGGGACCAAAGUAUAGAAAGAGUGAGGAAUAUAGAAUUUUUUUCCCCAAAUGAUUAAAUUCACUGUCUGAUGGUUCGAUUCUUUAC